AUGCGCAUGACAGGGUCCUCUAUUGGAAAAGGAAGAGUUUUAGUCGACCUCCUCAAUCUUUGGCCCGGGGCCGGAGCCACUGCUGCCGGCGGCAGGGGGCUCGCCGUCCUCAUCCAUGCCGUCGCCGGCUCCCUGGUACAUCUUGGCGAUGAUCGGGUUGCAGAUGCUCUCCAGCUCCUUCAUCUUGUCGUCGAAUUCGUCGGCCUCGGCCAACUGGUUGCCGUCCAGCCAGCUGAUGGCCUGGUCGAUGGCGUCCUCGAUUUUCUUCUUGUCGGCGGCGGGGAGUUUGGAGGCGAUCUUCUCGUCCCGGAUGGUGUUCCUCAUGUUGUACGCGUAGUUCUCCAGGGCGUUCUUCGACUCCACUUUCUUCUUGUGCUCUUCGUCCUCGGACUUGUACUUCUCCGCCUCCUGGACCAUCUUCUCGAUCUCCUCCUUGCUCAGCCGCCCCUUGUCGUUCGUGAUGGUGAUCUUGUUCUUCUGCCCGGUUGUCUUGUCCUCGGCGGAGACGUUCAGGAUGCCGUUGGCGUCGAUGUCGAAGCAAACGGUGAUCUGGGGGACGCCCCUCGGCGCCGGAGGGAUGCCGGAGAGCUCGAACUUGCCCAGGAGGUUGUUGUCCCUCGUCCUCGUUCUCUCCCCCUCGUAGACCUGGAUCAGGACGCCCGGCUGGUUGUCGGAGUAUGUGGAGAAGACCUGCUCCUUCUUGGUGGGGAUGGUGGUGUUCCUCGGGAUCAGGACGGUCAUCACUCCUCCAGCCGUCUCCAGGCCGAGGGACAGAGGGGUCACGUCGAGCAGCAGCAGAUCUUGCACCUUCUCGUUCCCUUCGCCGCUCAAGAUGGCGGCCUGGACGGCUGCUCCGUACGCGACGGCCUCGUCGGGAUUGAUGCUCUUGCAGAGUUCCUUCCCGUUGAAGAAGUCUUGGAGGAGCUGCUGGACCUUAGGGAUCCUAGUGGAGCCGCCCACGAGGACCACGUCGUGGACGGUGCUCUUGUCCAUCUUGGCGUCCCUCAGGCACUUCUCCACGGGCUCCAUGCACUUCCUGAACAGAUCCAUGUUCAGCUCUUCGAAUCUGGCCCGGGUGAUGGUCGUGUAGAAGUCAACGCCCUCGUAAAGGGAGUCGAUCUCGAUGGUGGUCUGGGCGGUGGAAGAGAGGGUUCGCUUCGCCCUCUCGCAUGCUGUCCGCAGUCUCCUGAGGGCCCUGGGGUUCCCACUGAUGUCCUUCUUGUGCUUCCUCUUGAAUUCCUGGACGAAGUGGUUGACCAUCCUGUUGUCAAAGUCUUCCCCGCCCAAGUGGGUGUCCCCGGCCGUCGCCUUGACCUCGAAGAUGCCCUCUUCGAUGGUGAGGAGGGAGACGUCAAAUGUGCCACCACCCAGGUCAAAGAUGAGGACAUUCUUCUCCCCUACACUGGUGGCCUUCUUGUCCAGACCGUAUGCGAUAGCAGCUGCAGUGGGCUCGUUGAUGAUCCGCAUCACGUUGAGACCAGCAAUGACGCCAGCAUCCUUGGUAGCUUGACGCUGGGAGUCGUUGAAAUACGCAGGCACAGUGACCACGGCGUUCUUGACGGUAGUGCCCAAGUACGCAUCAGCGAUCUCCUUCAUCUUGA